ACCGGUAAUUCGGGGGUCAGCCCAUAAGAUUUCGAGUAUAAAAAGCACGUUCCCGUAUAGUAUCAUGCUCAUCUCCUUCUUUCCCUCUCUCUUUCUACACAAAAAACCAUGACAGAAAACAGACAGAGUCCGAUGACGACGACGAAGAAGAUCAAAGGGCUUGUCCACUUCGUUUUCGCAAUCUACCUGGUUUCUGUGCUGUCGGAUGUCCAAGUGCCCGUGCACGGGCGAGUUCUCUUGCAGAAGAAACCCGACCCGGAGAAUGCUGCUGCCAGUGCUCGUUGGUUGGUCUCCCAGAAUAUUUGGGGCGUCUUGGAUACUAUCUCAAGCGAUUUGGGAGGAGCACCCUUCGGGAAUGUGGUUUCAUUUAGCGACGGAGAACCUGGAAAAGGCAGUGGUAUCCCUUACUUCUACUUGACAACUCUUGAUCCGACUGCAAGAAAGGCACUGAAAGAUCCAAGAGUUUCGUUGACAAUUAGUGAACAUCCUAUCGGAACCUGUGGCAAGACAGACCCAGAAAAUCCCACUUGUGCAAAGCUUACACUCAACGGGAAGCUGAGGCUUGCGGAUCCUAAAGAAUUAGAAUUUGCUAAAAGGGCCUUGUUCACGAAGCAUCCGGAGAUGAAGGACUGGCCCAAGACUCACAACUUCCAGUUCUUCAAAUUAGACAUCGAGAACAUCUUUCUGAUCAACUGGUUCGGCGGUCCAAAACCUCUCACGGUCGAUCAGUACCUUCAUCCAAAAAAAUAAAUGUAGCCUCAUGUUGUCAUAUCUGA